AUGGAUAAAAUUUGUCGCUCUCAGUUGCCGGAUUCUUCCUCGUCACCACCAUUGAGUGGUAUCGGAUUCCACAGCUUCGAUGAUGAGCUGAUGGCCGAUCUGCCAUCGUGCGUAUACGCACAGCAUCAUCAGCUAAACGCGGCACCCGGAAACGGCGGUGGUGGUGCAGGCGGCAGUAGCAACAGUGUCGGACACGGCAGCCACACCAACAAUGCGCCCAAUUUGAGGUUGAACCCCAACAGCAUACGGCAGAUGCAGCAUCAGUAUUUGCAUCACACAGAAUGUCUGGACUCAUCGACACCGCCCAGUCCAUCCCUGUCGACGACGAUGGGGAACCACCCGUACAAUCCGCCACCGUACAAAAUACAGCGUCAGCAGACAAAUGUUCGUGAGCGCAAACGUAUGAUGCGUUCCGCACCGAAUGGCAGCAUUAAUUCGGCGUUCGAUGAGCUCCGUGUACACGUGCCAACAUUUCCGUACGAGAAACGGCUCAGCAAGAUCGAUACGCUGCGACUAGCGAUCGCUUACAUAGCGUUACUUCGCGAGGUCCUCGAGGCGGACUACGAUCCCUUGACGUACGUGGAGAAGUGUCUCCGGGGGGAAAUUAAAGCCGAUCGGGCACACUGGAACACGAGUGAUUUAACUGCGCGACUGUCGUGGAUUAACUGGGAAAAUCUUGGCGUUCAUCCGGGCAGACGUACCAUCCUUACAUCGCUGGCACUUGGCUCAUCGGAAAGUCUUGCCUGUGGACCACCGCCACACUUGAUCUAA